CCGGUUCCUGGCGCUGCCUCGCGCCGGCCUCCCUCCGCCUUCGCGCACGUCGAGCGGCGGGGCUUGGCCACGGAGCUCCGCCCGGCUCCGGUGCCGCCUGGCUGGGCCAGCCCCGGCCAGCUCCCGCCUCCCGCUGCCUCCGCCUCCCUUUCCCUGCCCUGCCAGGUCAGCUCCAACGGCGGCGGCGGCGGCGGCACAGCUCUCCCCUCCAACCGAGCCCGCGCGGCAAGAUGGCGGGGUCGGUGGCCGAACGGGACGCGGUGAAAAUAGAAGACGGGCAUUUAAACAACUCGCUGGGCUCUCCGGUGCAAGCGGAAGUGUAUUUCCCACGGCUGAUUGUCCCGUUCUGUGGGCACAUCAAAGGAGGCAUGAGGCCGGGCAAGAAGAUCCUAAUAAUGGGCAUCGUGGAUCUCAGCCCAGAGAGUUUUGACAUCAGCCUCACCUGUGGCGACACAGAGGAUCCCCCCGCGGACGUUGCGAUCGAGCUAAAAGCCAUCUUCCCCGACAGGCAGUUCCUCAGGAAUUCGUGUGUAUCCGGCGAAUGGGGAGAAGAACAGUCGUCUCUCCCAUACUUCCCAUUUAUCCCUGAUCAGCCCUUCAGGGUUGAAAUACUUUGUGAGCACCCUCGUUUUAGGAUAUUCGUGGAUGGACACCAGCUUUUUGAUUUUUACCAUCGUAUCGAGAAGUUGUCAGCUAUUGACACGAUAAAGAUCAAUGGCGAUCUACAAAUUACUAAACUCGGUUGACCUUGUGUUUUUUUUAGCUAAAGGAAAAAUAGAAAAACAAAAACAAAAAGAUGAAAACCAAAACUUUAAGAUUCCAAACAGGCUCAGGAGCUGUGAACAUCUACCUGAAGGAGCAGUGCCAACUUUAUCACGACACAUCUUUUAACAGGCCGAGCAUAACAGUUUCACUCCUGCGAGCAGCAAAGAAUAUUGUCGAUGAACUGAAGCGCUGUUUGCCCCAAUGAAGAAAGAGAUUGAUUGUGAACCGGUACUGAGACGUUCUCCCCUUUUUGGAUCUUAAAAAUGUAGCCUAACCCUGCCUGGAUAAUCAAAUUAUAACGGAUUCUGAAAGAGUUACUUCGUUGUCUAAACUGCAGAAGUUUUUUCCUCCUCCCUGUAAAGGGAAAUUUUGGAACUAAGUGCUAAAACCUGUCACCGAACAGCAAGGAAAGAGAAAAAAAAUGUUUUCUUUUGCAAAUACUGUGCCUGCACUGAAGUGAAUUAGUGUAAGUGUAACACAAAUCACACCAAGAGGGCCAAAUACAGAAGUCAUUAUUCAGGUCAUUAAAAAUAAUCUUGUUAAAAUCAAGAGCAAAAAAAGUCCCAAGGACUUCAAUAAUCUUGCUGGGCAAACUGGUUGCGUGCUGUUGAGUAGAUGCAAGUCCCUUUGCAUCGGGGAGAGUUGAACGUGCUUAACUGUGCAUUGGAUUGCAACCACUUUCUCUUGUUUUAUCCAGAGGAAGGAGAGAGGUCUUAUGGAAACCGAGUAACUGCUUCUGGCACCUGGGCCCAUGUAUUUUCGUCAGGGUAUUUGCUUAGAAUGUAGGUCAUUACAUGUUUUUGCACAAUGUAAUAUUAAUAUUAUUUUUGAAAGCUU